CUAAUCUCGUCGAAUUCACAAGAAGAUGAGAUUAUAACCCUAUAUGAUUGAUUGACGAGCUUUUUAAUUUAAUUAAUGGAUAAGGUAGAAUUAAUAUAAAACAAUUAUUCCCGUCCAAGUUACUCGCACAAAAAUUUGUCUAAAUCUUUCCAAAAUCAAAGAAACAAGCAAAUGGGUACUUUCCCUGCUCUAACAAGAUCACUGGGUCAUUACUGUAUUAAAAAGUCGAGAUCCUUUAACUUUCCGAAUCCUCACGUUUACAGCAACGGUCACCAGUACCAAACCCAUAGAACCCUCCUCAUCUUGGACUCCCUGUCCUCUGAAUCAGUCAGGCUUCGAAGAUUGUCAGAUUCGGAUUCUGGGAUUGUCGAGGUUAAUUUGGAUAGGCCUGCAGCGAAAAAUUCAAUUGGCAAGGAAAUGUUAAGAGGGUUACGCAAUGCUUUUGAAACAAUUGAAAGCGAUGUCUCUGCUCAGGUUGUUUUGAUUUGCAGUUCGGUUCCGAAGGUUUUCUGUGCUGGUGCUGAUUUGAAGGAGCGCAAGACAAUGACUCCAUCUGAAGUUCAAGAUUUUGUGAACUCAUUGCGAUCUACAUUCUCACUCAUAGAGGCACUCUAUGUUCCUACUGUUGCUGUUAUUGAAGGAGCAGCAUUAGGUGGUGGACUUGAAAUGGCUUUAUCGUGUGAUCUUCGCAUAUGUGGAGAAGAUGCAGUAUUGGGCUUGCCAGAAACAGGACUUGCCAUAAUUCCUGGUGCAGGUGGGACACAAAGACUUCCUAGGUUGGUUGGAAAAUCACUAGCAAAGGAACUUAUAUUUACUGGCCGCAAGAUUGACGGCAGAGAGGCCAUGUCAAUGGGGCUUGUCAAUUACUCUGUCCCUGCUGGUGAAGCUCAUUCAAAAGCACUUGAAAUUGCUCGGGAGAUUAUUCAGAAGAGCGCCUGUUGUUAGCUUUGGAGACUGAAUGACUUGAUGGUGACCAUAUGCACAGCAUUUCAAGGGUAUUGUGUAAACCUGAAGUCAUUUUGAUGUAGAACAUAGAGCACCAAUUUAUUACUAUCAGUUUGUUGGAAGUUCACUUUGACAUGUGUGUACUCUUGUCAGGGUCCAAUAGCAAUUAGGAUGGCAAAAAAGGCCAUCAAUGAGGGACUUGAGAUAGAUUUACCAUCAGCUUUGGAAUUGGAAGAAGAGUGCUAUGAACAGAUCUUGAACACAAAAGAUCGUUUGGAAGGCUUGGCAGCAUUUGCUGAAAAGCGGAAACCAAGGUA